AUGUCAACCAAAAAGAAUUUGAAGUUGUUGAAGAAUUCACAACUAUCUUACAGAGCCAUGACGAAGGCGCUAGUCAUCUCUUCUGAAGAAUAUAUUAAACGUUCUAAAGGAGCCCAGUCAAUUGUUGCGAGUACUCCAAUAUUAAAUGCAGAUAACCAAAGGAAACGUCCAGCCGAAGAAGCCUCCCCUAUCAUCACUUCUCCCCCUAAUCUUCGAGAUCGUCAAUAUCCCCGCGCACAGAUUCUAGCUAAUAUUGGAGAUGAUGAUUUUUUUGAUGAUUACAACGAGAGCGAGAAAGAAGAGGAGUCAACUGAAGUCAUCGAAAACGAGGAAGUUGUAAAUCUCUCCGAAAAUGACCUUACUGAUCCAGUAAAUAAAAUCUUCUCAAACGAUGAUAAGGAAAAAAUGAGAAAAAUUUGGAAAGAAAUGGAGCCAUCGGCCGAAGAGAAAGAGAAUACAAUGCGUCGAUCAAGAUGGAAAAAGAGUAUCAAGCCUUUAAUCGAAAAGUAUGCUUCGGCUGUUGAGAGAAAUUCAAAAUCGGUUUUUGAUGAUGAUGAUGAGCCACGAUCAACAAAAGUUGUUUUCGAAAUGCCAUUUGAAGGCGAAUUUGCUCUUAAAAAAUAUUAUGACAUGUUGUGGACGCAAGAUAUAUAUCGGAGAUUAGACUCAUUCAUCAAUCCUUUAAUACCAAAGGUAUUUGAUGAUAUACUUGAUAAGAUUAGUGGAGAGAUUGAAAGUUCCUUGCGUAAGAAACACAGGAACGAGACAAAUGGACGAAAGCCUCGUGUUAAUCUUGGAUCAAAACAUGAUGGUAUCUUAAAAAUUUACAUGAACGCUACUGAAAUGGAAAUUGGAUUCCUUGAAGUGGUAGGAAAUGCAGUGAAUGGUGAUGUUACUGGAUAUUACGGAGACAUGGAAAAUUAUUCAAGGAUUUAUAAUUUUAAGAUAUUCAUAUACUCAUGUCUUGAAAGACCUAUUGCAAUAAACCUUAUUGAAUUUGUCAUUUUUAGUUUCGGUGUACUUGUCUACCAGCGUGAGACGACAAUCUACACAAUGCAUCGUGCUAAAGGAGGAUUACACAUUGUUGAUAUUGUUACGAAUUUUACGAUUCCGGAUAGCAAGGACCAAGCGUAUGUGAUUAGCGAAAAGUGUAUUUUUUCAAGCCGAGUAAUGGAUUAUUACUCAAAGUUGCAAGAUAUAUCGCCAAAAGUACAGGAAUAUUCUCACAUUAAUGAAAAUCUACUAGAAGCGUCACCAUCCAAAAGAAAAUCAGCAAGACG